AUCGUGUUCCGCUUGCAUCUACUAUCAGCUUAAUAAAUUGAACUAUAUUUCAUUUACUAUAUUUUAUUUAAUUUAAGCGUUAUUUAGUAAAAUGGCGAUUAAAUUGGUACUGACUAUUUUCUGCGUGAUGGGCGCGGUAGCGGGCCAAUUCGGUUUCGGAGGAUACGGCGGUAUGGGAGGAUUCGGGAACAAUAAUUAUGGAUACGGAAGUCCGUAUAACACAGGAUACGGCGGCGGCUACGGCGGUCUGGGCAAUUUCGGCGGUUUUGGUUCCGGCUUCGGGCAGGGCAACGCCCUGGGCGGGGGGAGCGCGCAGCUGGGCAGCGUCAUGACCAACAACGGGGCGCUGUCGCGGUCGUCGCCCUGGGGCGGGAUGAGCACGGCGCAGAACAGCGCCGCCGGCCAGGGAUACGGCGUCAACAUCUGGGGCGCCGCCACCGGCAACUCCGGCUACAACCGGGGCUUCUAACCUCCCUAUCUGUGUUCCGCUUAGAAUUCAUUACACGCUGAAUAUGUAUCGAAUUGUGGCAUGUUAUUGACGAGGCGUUUAUGUUGCGAAUGUGGGACAAUGCGGUAAUUGUGGUGAUGUAACGACUAACGAUUUCAAAACGGCUGGGAUUUUCUGCAUUAAACAGCUCUUAUCCAUUCGGC